AUGUUACCUGCUGAAUCACAUAUUACUGGCCAGCCAAAAACGACAGAUGACCGUGUAUUAACUCAUGACUCUGAGACCUCUCGCAGGAAUCCGCGGAAUAAUGCUGCCACCGGAGCUUCCGCCGCUGGAGUUCGCGCUGUUAGUGCGCAAAUGGUUGCCUUUUACUUUCGAGCGCCGGUAAAGGCCUUUUUUCGCACUCGGGCGUUUGCUAGAGCUGUUUCUCCACAUUCUCCAGAUGGCCGCCGCUGGUCCUUUCAUACAACUACUCCCGGACUCCUUGUACAUGCAGUUCGUACAUAUGGUUGGCGAUUUAUACCGAACCAAAUCUUGCCUCCUCUUCUGGCCAAUGCGGGGGUAGGCGCUGUGCUAUAUACCUCGUAUCUCCAGGUCCUAGGUGCUUUAUACGAACCGGUCUCACAAGGCGUCAGACGAAUAUACCCCCCGGCCAGCCCUAUUGACACAUUCACCGCGGGACUAGUUGCUGGUUCUAUACAGUCAGUUGUUGCUGCGCCUUUAGAUGCUCUGCAGGUCCGCUUCCGAACGAAUGACAUUCUUGAAGGCCACUACCGAAGCAUGUGGCACUAUGGUCGACAUAAACUGAACCAGAUUGGACUUCGCGGUGUUUUUGCAGGUUGGAGCCUGUCAUUCCUACGUGAUGCUUUUGGUGCCGCCGUGUUCUUCUCUGUCUUCGAGUACGUCAAAUCUCAAGCGUACUAUUCUUUUAUUACAGGCUAUUAUGGAUCCUUGCAGCCUCACCGCGUGGAGAAUUUGCAGUCAUCUCAAUCCAGUGACCGUGGAGUACCACUGAUAAAACCCCACUAUGCCUUGGAGCCGUGUUUUCUAAUGGCUGCCGGAAUCGCCGCAUCCUUUGCCCAGCAAACCAUUCAACACCCUCUGAACAUAAUACAAAAUAUACACGUUACUCGACUGGAACAUCUUGAUCAUCACGCGAGUCUUAACCCUUCAAACAAGCAGAUGAUGCGGCUAUACUAUUUGGCCUACCAGGAGACAUACAAGCGAUGCAAGAGAAAAGCUGCCCGGGCAGGAGGCUGGGGCAGGUGGCUAUUCCGUGGAUUUUUGCGGAACACAUUUCGUCAAGUGCCAAGCACCAGUGCUGGGCUUGUGAUUUUCGAGUUAGUGCGCCGUAGGCAUGCUAAUCUCGCAGACGCCACUUACAUACAAAAAGACGGAUAUGAUAUUCUGCUGUCAUGA